AUGCCGGAGUUGGAGGUGAAGAAAUUGAGGAGCGAGAUGCGAUACAUGCGGCGUAUGAGAACAGCACGAAACUCGACCUUCAAGCAACCUAUAAUACUGAACGAACCGCUUGAAUCGGCGGCUGCAUGGCCAGCCCGAGUGUUGAUGUGGGUGAAUGGGGGGUGGGGGAGAGGAAGGGGGGAGGGGGAAAUUCCGUUCCGUCUCUCCAAACUAGGUCCCGUCUCGGGAUUUUCAAUCGAUAGCCAGAUCUACCUAGCUCGCCGGUCUGCAAUAAUACCCAUGGCGGGGAUGGGCUCGGCCACGUUUGAUGCGAUCGACCAUCAGUCAGAUAGGAAAUUCGUUGAGAGCCUUGGAACUUUACCAAGGACCAAGGAAAACGUUGGCAAGCUCAGGUACUAUGAAACGGUGGUGGCCAUUGGGAAGCUGUCAAUCAAUAGUCCGGCGACAAUCUCACUUGACGUCGGGCUCAAAAGUAAAGAUGGUGGCAUGCAAAUCAUGAUUGCGAGUCCAACAGCAUCCAAGAUCCAUAUUAUUUUCGAGGCCAAGACGCAGCCGCUGUUGACGAACAAUAACAACGCCAAUGAUAAUAAUAAUAAUAAUAAUAAUAAUAAUAAUAAUAAUAAUAAUCAUGUCUCGCCGCCCGUAGAGCGCGAGCGACGCGACUCCGAGAACAGCGUCACGAACUGCGACCCAUAGACUCCGUCCGACCAAUUAUCAGAACCAUUAUGCGACAGCAAUAAAACCAUCUACUAUUCAAUUAACGACGAUCAUGAGUUCGCCUGAAGGACAAGAUCUGCUGCUGCCCACUGAAGCACUAAAUUUGGGAUCCCUCAAGGCUUCUCCUUGUUCUCAGACCUCUCGCAUGGCCGGCAUGGCUGCGGUUCAUGUCCCGAAAGAGAAGACAGCAAGUGAUACCAUACUCGAGCGGGCAUAUCGUGCAUUGCAUCCGAUUGCUUUGAUUUCAAG